GCUUUCUCCAUGCUUUCUAGUGCCUACCCUUAUCGAGUUGCCCUUUACAGAUACACUAUACAACUUGAUAUAUGGGGAUACAACAGUGAGAUGUACUUACAUAAGAGCUAUACCUGUGCUGUUGACUGGUGGUCUUUUGGAGUAACCAUCUAUGAAAUGGCCAUUGGAGUGCACCCUUUUCUUCAACAAGAAACAUGGUCAGCAUUAAAUCGUCUACCAUUGGCUGUUGUAAAGGAGGAACCAGUCUAUCCAAACUGGCUGGAAUACUGGACCAAGGACUUCAUCAUAAACUCUUAUGUAAACAACCAUCAAGGCGGAUAGGUGCCUUUGGCCUAAUUUGCGAGCACCCAAUCUUCCAGGGUCUUGACUGGGUGCAGCUAGAGCAACGCAAAGUGGAGCCUCCUUUCAUCCCAGUGGUGGAACCAUUGGCAGUCUCCUCGACCAUUACCAGAAGUGGAAUCAUCUAAAGCCUGGAAUGUGUCUAUUUCAUCAGAGGAACAGAGAUUAUUUGAAGGAUUUUCAUAUGCAUCCUCCAAAUUUGCUGUCAUCAAGUAACUGUCUGGAGAGCAGACGGAACAUUUGGUUUUGGGUCAACUUUUUAAAUUUCAAAUAAAAUGGAAAACAUCAAAAUAA